AUGACGAAGGCGUGGGUCGAGGAGAACGUGACGCGACCGAUGCGACGCAUAGGGGUGGGGAAACUCGGGAUGGUGCAGCUGUAUUGGAACGAUUACGAUAAGAAAAAUUACGUCGACGCGGCGCUGUUUUUGACGGAUUUGAAGCGGGCGGGGAAAAUCGGCGCGGUUUCGCUGACGAAUUUCGACACGAAGCGCGUGAAGGAGAUGGUGGACGCGGGCGCGGAGAUUUCGACGAAUCAGAUUCAGUACUCGUUGCUCGAUCGACGGCCGGAGAAGGUGAUGGUGGACUAUUGUCGACAGACGGGCGUCGGGCUGUUGCCGUACGGCGUCGUCGCGGGGGGACUGUUGUCGGAUAAAUAUUUGGACGCGCGCGCGGAGGACGUCGUCACGAAUACGUCGUCGCUGCGAAAGUACGCGUCGGUCAUCGGGCAAGUCGGUGGAUACCAGUGGUAUCAAAGUUUGCUCCGAACGCUCCGCGCCGUGGGCGACAAGCACGACGGCGCGAGCAUCGCCAACGUGGCGUCGAAGUGGGUCCUGGACUCGCCCGCGGUGCCGGCGAUCAUCGUCGGCGCGCGAAACGCGAAUCACGUCUCCGAUCACCUCGCGCUCUUCGACUUUGAUUUAGACGCCGAUGAUCGAGCGGCGAUCGCGAGCGUGCUCGCGAAGGGCGCGCAGCCGACCGAAGACGCGUACACGUGGGAGCGCGGAGGUCGAUGGUAGAGCUACUAGUGAGGUUGU